AUGGCGACGAGCGUGCUAGUGGGAUUGCUCGGCGAGUCUCCUUCCCCGUGGAAGGCGCAGCAACUGCUGCUGCCGCUGUGCGCGGCGGCCCUCGCCGUCGUCGUGUGGUGCGCCGCGCGCGCGGCGGAGUGGGCGUGGCUGAGGCCGCGGCGCCUGGAACGGGCGCUGCGGGCGCAGGGCAUCCGUGGCACGGCGUACCGCCCGCUGGCCGGCGACGCGCCGCUGUCCGACCGGCUCGCCCGCGAGGCCAGGUCCCGGCCGCCCCUGCCGCCGGGCUGCCACGCCGUCGUGCCCAGGGCCAUGCCGCUCGUCCACCACGCCAUGAACGAGCACGGCAAGACCUCGGUGACCUGGUUUGGGCCGACGCCGAGGGUGAUCGUCACGGAGCCGGAGCUGGUGCGCCAGGUGCUGUCCAACAAGUUCGGCCACUUCGAGAAGGCCGGCUUCGGGCAGCUCACGCGGCUGCUGCACUACGGCGUGAGCACCCACCAGGGUAGCAAGUGGGCCAAGCACCGGAGGAUCAUCAACCCCGCCUUCCAUCUCGACAAGCUCAAGCGCAUGCUGCCAGCCUUCACAUCGUGCUGCGCCGACAUGGUGAGCAGAUGGGAGGGUUUGUUGGCCGCGGCCGACGGCGAGCCAUGCGAGGUGGACGUCUGGCCGGAGAUGCAGAGGCUGACCGGAGACGUCAUCUCGCGCGUCGCCUUCGGCAGCAGCUACCUGGAAGGCAGGAGGAUCUUCGAGCUCCAGGAGGAGCAGGUGCACCUCGCCAUGCUCGUCGCCAACAAGAUACACAUCCCUGGUUACAUGAUGCUGCCUACAAGGGUGAACCGGCGGAUGAAGCGGAUCGCGGCGGAGAUCGAAGGGGUCCUGAGAGGGAUGAUCGCGACGAGGGAGAGCUCGCUGAGAGCAGGAAAGGCGACGAGCGACGAUCUUCUCGGCCUGCUGCUGGAGUCCAACAUGGAGCAGCUCAGGGGCGAAGGCGAAGGCAAAGGCGGGAGGAGCUCCGGCGACGGCAGCAUGUCGACCGACGACGUCAUUGGAGAGUGCAAGCUGUUCUACUUCGCCGGCAUGGAGACCACGUCGGUGCUGCUCACGUGGACCAUGGUGGUGCUCUCCAUGCACCAGGAGUGGCAGGACCGUGCCAGGGAGGAGGUGCUCCGCGUCUUCGGCGGCGCCUGCACAGUGCCGGACUACGACGGCCUCAGCCGGCUCAAAAUUGUGACCAUGGUGUUGUACGAGGUGCUGCGGCUCUACACGCCGCUGCCGGCGUUGCACCGGCGGACGUACAAGCCCAUGGAGCUCGGGGGCGUCAGGUACCCGGCGGGCGUGAUGCUGAUGCUGCCGCUGCUGAGCAUCCACCACGACAAGGACGCGUGGGGGCCGGACGCCGACGAGUUCAGGCCGGAGAGGUUCGCGGAGGGAAUCGCCAGGGCGUCGUCGGGCGGGGAUGCGCCGCCGGCGUUCUUCCCGUUCGGCUGGGGACCUCGGACCUGCAUCGGCCAGACCUUCGCGCUGUUGGAGGCCAAGAUAGGGCUCGCCAUGAUCCUGGGGAAGUUCGCGUUCGAGCUCUCCCCGUCCUACUCGCACGCGCCGUUCCCCGUCGUCUUGCUCCAGCCAGAGCACGGCGCGCAGGUCAUGCUCAGGAAGCUCCGAUGA